GUUUUUCCAAUAUGGUCUCCAUCUUGACUCUCAAUGAAGACUGCCUUUGCAGAAUUAUUUCCUUUUUGGAUGAUCCGCCCUCCUUUCUCAGCCUCGCUCUUACCUGCAGGAGAUUUAACCAGGUGGUUAACAACACUCGGAGCAUUCUCCAUCCAAAGGUACUACUAGCAAAAGCUGAAUAUUACAUAAAAUGCUACCUUGUGGAAAUCACCGAUGACGAGAGCGACUACCGCAAGUUUAGCAAGUUGGAAGAUCUUCUCUCCAAUGCUGUGCGUCUUACAGAAGCUAAGAAAACCCUGACUUUUGCGAAAUUGGUGAAUGUUUGGGAGAAAAACGGACCUGUAGUCGCUAAACUGUACACGUGGAUCAGAAAUCAGGAGAGUCGUACUGAAAAUGGUGAACCAAGAGCGACUUGUGUUACCGAAUAUCAAAGUGUCACGUUGCAUUUGCCAGGCUGUGACAAGGACUUAAAGAUCGAUACCACCUACUUUUAUGACUACUACAAUAAUUACGACAACGAGUUGAGCAUCCACAUAACUUGUGGAGAUAUGGAUGUAAAGUGGGAAGAUUUCACCCACAGUUGCCCAGAUGAUUACCAGUACUGGAAAGAAGAAGAAGUCCAUGAAGCAGUUGAACCAAUGAAACCAGUGGUGAAACUCCUACAGGAAGAGCUUGGUGAUACAGUUCCUCCAAUAACAGACAUUUUCUUUAUCUGGCUGUGUUAUUUCUUUCCACACAGAAAGAACUUGGUAGUAGAACACAAACUCAGGUUUACAGACCCAUCCAGGAAUGAAAAACCCACCCCGGGCCAUGCUCAGCCAGCUAUAGAUCUGUUUCAUCAGAACUUUCAAGCUGAAACCAAGUUGAAAAGUCUAGUGUCUGGAUGGAAUGAUACUGAGUCAGACAUCUCCAGUCUGAUUGCCAAAACUGUGGUUGUCUUAAUUCAGAGAUCAGAGACAAAAUUCCUUGAAAAGCUUGAAGGGGUUGCUGAAAGCUUUUAUCGGAUUACCUCAGAUUAUGACUUAAAGUUGCUGCCUAAAAGGCUCUUGCUGGACUUGAUUUUGCGAACAAAACUUGAAUUCAGUAAUUACAGCCCUGGUUCAAUUGCAAACAAGUUUGUAGAAAGCAUAGCAUCAUUCAGGUUUUCAGAAGGUAAAGUGGUGAAAGUUUGGGGUGGUUUUCAUGGGGAUGGGAGAGGAGAAUCAUCUUGGGAUGACUUACUAGAGCUUAAAGUCACCUUACCAGAUGGCAAGGAAUUCAAGUUGGCAAGCUACAGACGUCACGCACCAUCUAUUGAAAUUGAGAAGUUGAGUCCAGUUACUGAGCUGUUUCAACAAGGUAUUUGUAAAUGUAUGGAGCAAGAGAAGCACAUCCCCAUGUUAGAUGAUCGCUUUACGGCUUUUUAUUUGUUGCAUGUCCUAAAAUUUGGUAGAGAAGAUGAAGCAUUCCUUGGAAAGAAGGAUUUUAAGAAUCUGAUCAGUACAGGAUGUAGUGAGGAAGAAUCAUCGGAGGAGAGUGAAGAAGAACAGAGUGAUGAACAAUAAACUUUUCACUUAUGUUAUAGCUUUAGAAAGUGUUGAGGUUUAUAAUCUAACUGACAGAAAAACACUACAAUCCUACAAACUCAACUACUUUAUUAAACAGCCAGUAAUGUUCUUAACAAGGAGCAACUCCUAAAAGCAGUACAAUACUUAUUGUUAAUAAACUUAAUUAAGCCCACCACAGUCUCUACCCAGGCUCACCACUGACAUAAUCUCACUGCUGUCUUCAAAGUUCCUUGAAAUGAGCAAUCUCUUGCGGUAACUCUCUCUUGGUUUAGCUUUCAAAACAGUCGUCACUCCAACAACAACAACAGCUAGUACAUAAGUUAAUCUUUAUGUGUAUAUUCACAAAGUGUUCUGGAACCUUCCAGAAGCUUACAAAAGAACUAUUUUAGUAGUAUUACUUUAUUGAUAACUGUGUGACUUGAUAAUUGUUCUAGAAAAUGCUAUGGUAUGCAUGUCAGCUUGAAUAAGCAAUCUGGAGAUUUAUAAAAGCUUAUAUUAACAACAACAAUUCCUCAUUAAAAAAAGUAUUCUUUUUUUCCUUCAAAAGGACAGUCAAGAAAUUAAUCAAGUUGAAUGUAGUUGUAAAUUAUUUAGUAAGUAGAAGGACUAUAACUGCAACAGUCUGUAAGCCAGCCCUGUAACAAUCUUUUGUGAUGUGUAAAUUGUAGUUAUGCCUUUUAAAGGCAGUUAAAACAGAUUUUAAAAAGUAAUGGUAAUAUGUU